AUACUUGAAAUAUUUUUUAAAAGGCUUCUUAAAGCAAAUAAACAAUUAUUUUUAGUUACAAACAGCCCUUUCAAUUUUGUUGAUAAGGGUAUGAAACUUCUAGUUGGAGAUGAUUGGAGGGAUUAUUUUGAAAUAAUUAUCGUCCAAGCAAGAAAGCCAAGAUUUUUUACUGACAAAUCAAGACCUAUGAGAGUAUAUGAUGAGAAAACAGGGACACACUGCUGGGAUCGUGUAACAAAGUUAGAAAAGGGAGUAAUUUACUAUGAAGGUACUGUAAAACAGUUGCAGGAUAUGACAGGAUGGUUUGGACAUCAAGUGCUGUAUUUUGGAGAUCACCCUUACAGUGAUCUUGCUGAUGUUACUUUAGAACAUGGUUGGAGAACUGGUGCAAUCAUUAAUGAAUUAUCUCACGAAAUAAAUACUCUAAAUCGCACAGAUUUUAAAAAGAAUGCCAAUUGGCUUCAAGUACUAACUACAUUAAUUGAAGAACAUCAGGACUGUGAAAGUCCGGAAGAACAGGAAGUUUUAGCAAAAUGGAUGGCUGAAAGAGACACUUUAAGGAAUUACAUUAAAUAUGUUUUCAAUGAACAGUUUGGCAGCGUAUUCCGAACUUACCACAAUCCCACAUAUUUCUCACGUAGAUUGUUUAGAUUUGCUGAUAUUUAUACGUCAAAUAUCACAAAUUUACUCAAUUACUCAGUAAAUCAUACAUUUUAUCCUNUUUAUUAA